AUGGACACAAGUAUCGGGACAGCCCAGGAGAGGGCUGCGCUGCUACAUACUCCCGAGCUGCAGGAUUCCGACGCUCAGCACCACACCGCCGCGAUGCUGGACCUGCCGACAAAAACGGUCGACGAAGACGUGGCCGAGGGCCUUGAAAUUGAGCACAAUUUGACGUUUCGCCAAGCAUUCGGCAUCUACUACAAGGCCAUAUUAUGGUGCCUGGUCAUCUCAACAUGCGUCAUCAUGGAGGGUUAUGACCAGAUUCUCGUCCAGAGCUUCUUCGCGUAUCCCCAGUUCCAGAUUAAGUUUGGAGACCAUGUAGGCAGAGGGCCUACGGGAUAUCAGCUGAGCGCACCCUGGCAGGCUGCGCUAUCAAAUGCAUCCGGCGUGGGCGCGUUCUUUGGUGCUCUUCUCAAUGGACCGCUGCAGUUCUUUUAG